CCACUGUUACAGUUUUGACCUUUGAGAAAAUAAAAACUUAACCUUAUUCCAUAUACAGAUGAUAAUAUAAAUAAUAAGAAUAAAGCAUGUGUCUCCUUCAUAUACUCCUCUCUUUUUCCAUUUAAAGGUAGAUCUCAUGAAUCAACAAGGAAAUUACUCUGCAAUGAAAACACUGAGUCACGUGCCUUAUCACCACCGUGAUAACCUAAGUAUCCUCUCUUCUCGAGAGGCUCCUCCAAGUCCAAGUACACCAUCGCAGAAUCCACGGGAAAAGAAACUGCAAACUGCAGAGGAAGAAGAAGAAGAAGAAGAAAAGAAGGAAACAAAGACAGAUACUUUAUUGGAUCUGAAUGUCCCUGGCGAUGAAUCUGCUAUUGGGUGCAGUCAACAGCACAAUCUCAUCAACUUUUCGGACAUGGAUUUGUCCAAGACUUCAUUAGAAAGCCCUUCUGGUUCUGAAGCAGAGCCACGAGUCUUUUCUUGCAACUUCUGCCAGAGAAAGUUCUACAGUUCUCAAGCGCUUGGGGGACACCAAAAUGCUCACAAGAGAGAGAGGUCAAUAGCGAAAAGAGGUCAGAGGUUAGGAACAGCCUUUGGGGUUCCCUAUCUUCAUAAUCACCUUCACCGCUAUGCGAGUAUGGCGUCUCUACCCCUCCAUGGUGCUUGUAGUAAUAGACCACUUGGAAUUAAGGCUCAUUCGAUGGUUCAGAAGCCUUCUCAUCAUUUUUCAUCCAAUGGAUUUGGAAGCACUUAUGGACAUCAUGGUUGGUCAAGACCCCUUAUUGAUCAACAACCUCGAAUAGGGAAGCUAGCCAUGGAAACUUUCCACAAAAGAGAAUUAUCAUCACGAGGCAGUACUGUUGGUAAAUUCCAAAUGGUAAACACUACCAUGCUCAAUUCAUCAGCCAAUGAAGAUAUCAGCGGAAAUCUUGUUAGUGAAACUCGUUUGAAGACUGACCAAGAAGAAAUUAAGCACCUUGACUUAUCCCUGAAGCUCUAACUCAAGCGUGGGCUUGUGCUGUAUGUAGUUAGUAGUACUUUUCGAUCAGUUAGGGAUUAACAUUUUGCCGAAUUUAUUUCCCCAUUGUUUGUAAUAAUAUAUAUAUUGUGUAAAUCUGUUUGUGGGAGGAUCAAAGUUCUUUAUCUGUUAAUGAAUUCUCAAUUAUUC